UGCACGAACCAGCAGAAAGGCCACAGAACAUGCCAUCUAGGCAGGAUACUGAGGAGAGAGAGCAAGACAUCGCACUGAUACGCAUCAUCAAAACUAUCAGCCACACAUAUGGAUGGAAAUAUAACCUACCCCCUGCUCUCGAGCAAUCAAACCAACAGCACCUGCUCUCGUGACAACUUUUUUAAGACGGUGGUUUUACCCGUUUUGUACUCUUGUCUUUUUCUGGUGGGACUCACUCUUAAUUCUGUGGCAGUGUGGGUGUUUUUUCGCAUCCCGUCUAAGUCUCACUUCAUUAUUUACCUGAAGAAUAUUGUUGUCGCAGAUGUCGUCAUGACGCUGACGUUCCCCUUCAAGAUGCUGUCAGACUCCAACAUGGCGCCAUCCUACAUGAAGAUCUUUGUGUGUCGAGUCUCAUCUGUGUUGUUUUACCUCACAAUGUACAUCAGCAUUCUUUUCUUUGGGCUCAUCAGCAUCGAUCGCUGCAUAAAGACCCUGAUGCCGUUCAGGGGCACCAACUCGGCCCGGCUGGCCCGCAGGAAACUCCUCUCAGGGGCUGUCUGGAGCUUUUUGCUGAUUCUCUGUCUGCCGAAUGUGAUCCUUACACGAAAAUCCCCAACUUCUCCCUAUUUUAAGUGCGGUGAUCUGAAGACAGAAGCUGGCCUGUUUUGGCACGAGGUGGUAAAUCACGUCUGUCAAGUGGUUUUCUGGGGAAACUUCAUUACUGUGAUAAUAUGUUACACUCUGAUUUCCAAAGAGCUGUACAAAUCCUACUCACGCACUAAAUCCCACAGCACUGAAGGGACAAUAUCUUUAGCAGCAAGAAGCGAAUCAACUCGGAAGUCUCCCCAAGCCAAGAGAAAAAUGAAUGCAAAUGUAUUCCUGGUGCUAGCAGUGUUCUUUGUGUGCUUUGUGCCGUUUCACUUUGCCCGAAUCCCGUACACAAUGAGCCAGACCAGAGGGGUUCUCUUUGAUUGCAAGUUCAAGCUUUUCUUCUUUCAGCUAAAGGAAAGCACACUUUUCCUCUCUUCCCUAAAUGCCAUACUGGACCCUCUGAUCUACUUCUUCCUCUGUCAGUCCUUCAGGAUGACUUUGUUCAAGACCCUGAGGCUGUCUCCUGGUACCUGCAGCUGGUUAACAGAGAGAGGGUCAGUUAAAGACACAUACUCAUCUGCGGCCUCUUAAAACCAGCGGGCAUAAGUUAGUUCUAUGGUAGGGCACAGAAAAUGUAAAUUGUAUGUUAACAGACUACAGGGCACCUAAAAUGUCCAGUUAUUGAGAAAUAGAAGUUCAUUUAGCAUUGUGACAUGAGAAGAUGUAUAGUUUGAAGAAGAAAAAGAAACAUAACCAAAUAUACGGUGAGGUAAUUAUAUAUAAACAAAUCACCCAAAGAAUAAAAAAAAAUCAACAUUUGUUUAAAAUGUUUUUCUUGAAAAAGGUUGCAAUGGAUGGGUCAGUUUCCUCUUCCUGUUUUUAACAAGAAGUAUCUCCUCUAUAUCACCGUGCCGACUGAGGAUAACGAAGAAGAAUGAAACUUGUUUUAGGGAAAUCUAAUGAGUGAAAUAUAAAAUAUAUGUGUCUGUGUGUAUGAGAUCUCACACUUAUUUCACUGUGUGUUUUAUAAGGUUGUGUUGUAAAUAUGUUUUCCCUUCUGAUUAAGUUCUAAAGACUUUAUGUCUUUUUUUGUUUUUGUUUUCUGGUUGAGUUGUGCCACUAACCAUGAGCCUUCUGUUGAUGUUACAUAAUACUUUAUUAAACACUUUAAAAAUUUAAUAGUA